AUGGCAGCUCCACUUAACCUCGAAGAAGGUCAGUCAUCACACAGACCUCCUCGUUUCAAUGGACAUUUCAACAGUUGGUGGAAAGUAAGAAUGCAUGACUACCUCAUGGCUGAAGACAACGAGUUAUGGGAUAUUGUACUGGAUGGACCUUUUGUUCCGAUGAUGAAAGAAAAGGAUGGAGAGAAGACCAUUACUGUUCCAAAGCCUAGGCAGAAAUACGAUGAAGCUGACCGGAAAAAGAUUGAAAAAGGACCUGAUGAGUACAACAGAGUGUCAGCCUGUGAGUCUGCUAAAGAAAUUUGGGGUUGCUUAAAGACUGCACAUAAAGGAACUGAACAAGUCAAAGAAUCUAAGAUUGACAUGCGUACUUCUCGAUAUGAGAACUUUAAAAUGAAGGAAGGAGAAACAAUACAUGACCUGUUCACCAAGUUUUCUUCCAUUACAAAUGAGCUGCGAAGUCUGGGUGAACCUAUAAGCAUGACCAAACAAGUCAGAAAAGUGCUUCGAAUUCUUCCAAAGUCUUGGGAGAGCAAAGUUGAUGCCAUUACAGAAGCCAAGGACUUGAAGGUGCUGACUAUGGAUGCUUUGAUUGGUAAUUUGAAAACACAUGAGAUGAAUCGAAACUAUGAUUUGUCAAAGAAGGAAGCCAAGAAGGACAAGUCAUUGAUGCUGAAGUAUAAAUCAGAUGAAGAUUCAAGUGAUGAUGAUGAUAUGGCUCUUGCUGCAUGGGGAGAUUCUUCAAGUGAUUCAGAAGACCCUGAUGAGCCAAAAGAUAUGUCCAUGGUUGCUAUGUAUGAGGAGGAAACUUUGAAUCAGAUUACUGAAGAAGCUGAAAAGCUGAAUGGAAUGUCAAAUAGUCUGCAAGCUGAAAUUCAAGAAAAAUUGAAAAACUCUGAGAAAAACCUUGGUCUGUCACUUGAAAAGAGUAACAAAUUAGAACAUGAUAUUGUGAAACUUAAGGAAGAACGUGAAAAAUCCCUUAAGUGGACCAAAUCCUCAAAGUUAUUGUCAAAUACAACGAAUCAGAAUUCAAUUGACAAUGUUUACCAUGUGGAUGGGUUGAAGUACAGCUUGUUGAGUGUGUCAGAAAUCUGUGACAAAGGAAAUGAGGUCAAAUUCACUUCUGAGAAAUGCACUGUGGUGAGUCUAACUACAAACAAGAAGUCUGAAGGAGGUGAAGUUGAUGCAGAUCAACAAGUGAACAAUGGUUGUGAUGAUCAGAAUCAUAGUCUACCUGAUGAGGCUGCUGAGGGUGAAAAGGAUGAUAUGGUACCUGGUACUACUCAAAAUUCCAGCCAGAGUACUUCAGACUCCCCAGAAGAUGAUGUCACUCUUGAUGAAGAAGAACAUGCAGAUCAGCCAAGUCAGUCUGCUCCAAGGUGGGUUUUCAGAAACAAGCUUGAUGAAAAUGGAGUGAUUACUAGAAAUAAAUCCAGAAUGGAAGCUAUUAGAAUCUUAAUAGCUUUUGCUGCAUUCAUGGGGUUCAAGCUGUAUACUUUCAGUGAGGACCUGCUUAACAAGAGAAGCAACUAG